AAAAAAUCACCGUUCUUGGCAGCUUUCCCACGAAACAUUUAACCUUUUGAACAUGUAAUGGUCAACACCUGUAAUGCUUGUACAUACAGACCAGACCAGACCAGACUUUACACAGUUGAAUCAUUUUCCAGCUCCUUUUGGUGGAUCUGGUCAUAAUCCAAGGCCCCUUUUUGAAGUUUCCCAAGAAGGAGCUCUUCACCGUUCCUUGCCUUCUCCGUAUAAACUUUCAAGCCUUGCUUUUGAUGAAAAUGAUUGGAUCACCGCUUUGAAUUAUUUGAUUGGAGUUUCGGAACUCUUUUAUUGAGUUAGUUCUACUGUUCUUAAUACCCGAUUGCCUUUUUUAUGUUUUGCCACUUUGAAGCAAGAAAAGUUUAUAUUGGUUAGUUCGUUUGCUCUUUUCUAUCCCAAAGAUUGAGACUUUAUUACAAGAAAUCUAGUGGGUCGGUCGGAAUUCAGUUUGAAAAGCCCGGAAUCGGUAUUGUAGGGCUUUAGUUGAAAAACUCGAAUUGGGUCGGUGACGAAAAUUUGAAGUUCGGAUGGUUUUAGGUGAUGGAGGGGUUUCUGGGUUUUGUUUGUGAUUGUGGGAGGUUUCAGGCUUUGAUGAAAUGAUAAAGAUACCAUGCGACUGGAAUAAAGAUUCAAUAACAUAUGGGUCUCUUAAGGACUAGUUGUUUCAUAGUAUUGGCUAUCUUGUUAUGUGCUUGGGCAUCGAGAAGUUCUGAUGAGAAGAAGAGUACUGAGGCAAAACUUCUAAGGCUGCUAGUUGAUCCAGCAUCUGGGGAGCUAGAUGGCGACUUGGCAGAGGAAUUAUGGUUAAAUUGCAAGUUAGAUUUAAUUCAUUUGAAGGAAGCUGUUAAAGUGCCCGACUUAGGCUUGCCAGAUGAAAUUCCUAGUAAUUUUAAUGGGUUUAAUCCAGAAAUCUGGUCGUUGGCAAAAGAAAACAUUCAGAAAACAAUUAGCUUCCUGCAUCCACAGGUGAAGCAAACCCUUUUAGAUUGUCUGCAAAAGCAUAAUCUUCUAUUUCGUGUCUCUGGAGAAGAAGUUGGCUCAAAGAUUUGGUAUCCCAAAUAUCUUGAGUCCUUAUUUCCGAGAGAUUAUGUUCCUAGAAGGGUUCUGGCUUUUGAAUCACUCCAGAGCAUUGCAGGAGCACCUGCUCCAGCUCCUGCAGUUGAAUCACCUUUACCAAGUCCAGGACCAGCACUUUCCCCUUCCCAACUUCCUAGUUCUGACCCCCCUGCUUCUCCAAAUACGCCAUUUUUUCCACCGAUUAAUAACAAUCCAAAUUUGAAAGGUCCACCUGCUGAAAACUCGUCUGCUGAUCCGAAUUCUGGAUCAAAUGUAGGGAAGGAUAAGAAGAGUAAAAGCAAAAGAUCAGUUGUGAUUGCUGUUGCUGUAACUGCAUCAGUUACAUUUGUCAUUGUAGCGUUGCUAUUUUUAUGCUGUGGUGGAUACUGUGGAACUGGCUCCAAAGUAAGACGAAAUGAUGAGAGACCCCUACUCAGCCUAAGCUUAAGCGACUUCUCUAUAGGAUCUCCACCCAAGUCGUAUGCAUAUGGAAGUUCAAUUAAAGAAGAGACACAUGUGCAUCAAUCUUCUGGUAAUAACUCAAGUCAUAACAGAAAGGACUUUUCUUCGGAUGGCAAUAUUCAUAUGGGUUCUAAUUUUGUCCACACAACAUUGAACAAUACCUUGUCAGUUGCUUCUGAGUUCAAAACAUUUAAUAUACCCCCUAAUACUAAUGCACAUCCUCCUCUAAAGCCUCCACCCGGAAGGGUGGUGACCACCCCCAUGGGAAUGCCUCCUCUGAAGCCUCCUCCAGGUAGGGCAGAUCCCCUCCCUCCUGAACCACGCUCAUCUUAUAAGCCUCCUUCAAGCAAACCUGGUCUUCAUCCCCCUCCACCGCCUGUACCAGCACCCUCCUCAAACCCCUUUGUUAGCACAGGUCCGCCUGCCCCUAGACCAUCUCCACCACCUCCUUUGCCUCCGGGCACCAAUGCUGGUCCUCGCCCACCACUUCCUUCAUUGCCUCCUGGCACCAAUGCUGGUCCUCGCCCACCACCUCCUUCAUUGCCUCCUGGCAUCAAUGCUGGUCCUCGCCCACCACCUCCUCCUCCAAAGGGCGGUGUUCCUCCUCCUCGACCACCUCAAUUACCCGCAGGUUCAAAGUUUGCUCGACCUCCACCUCCUGCGCCAAAAUACUCUUUAAAUGCUUCUUCUAGUGAGGGAACUGACAUGGAUGACGAAGCUGAUGCUCCUAAAACCAAGCUGAAGCCAUUUUUUUGGGAUAAAGUUUUGGCAAACCCUGAUCAUUCAAUGGUUUGGCAUCAAAUUAAAUCAGGAUCCUUCCAGUUUGAUGAGAAUAUGAUAGAGUCUCUUUUUGGGUAUGCUGCUACUGACAAAAGUAAAACUGAACCUAAGAAAGAGUCCUCAUCCCAAGAUCCUUCACCCCAAUUUAUUCAGAUUAUUGAUCAAAAGAAAUCACAAAAUCUAGCAAUUCUUCUGCGGGCAUUGAAUGUGACAAUGGAAGAAGUUUGUGAUGCACUUCGUGAAGGAAAUGAGCUUCCCUCAGAAUUCGUUCAAAAUUUGUUGAAAAUGGCACCGACAACUGAAGAAGAACUAAAACUUAGAAUGUUUGAUGGAGAACUUUCCCAACUUGGUCCUGCUGAACGAUUCCUUAGAGCAUUGGUUGACAUCCCAUUUGCCUUUAAACGGUUGGAAGCAAUACUUUUUAUGAGUACACUUCAAGAGGAGGUUGCCAUCACUAAAGAGUCCUUUGAAACCUUAGAGGUUGCUUCUAAGGAACUCAGAAACAGCCGACUAUUCCUUAAGCUUCUAGAAGCUGUUCUCAAAACUGGCAAUCGCAUGAAUGAUGGAACAUUUCGUGGACGUGCACAAGCAUUCAAGCUUGACACCCUCUUGAAAUUGUCAGAUGUAAAAGGUACAGAUGGCAAGACAACUCUCUUGCUCUUUGUUGUUCAGGAGAUUAUCCGAUCAGAGGGUAUAAGGGCUGCCCGUGUAGCAAAAGAAAACAAAAGCCUCUCUAGCAUAAAAUCAGAUGACCUUCUUGAAGAUGCUUUACAGGAUGCAGAUGAGCAUUACCGCAGUCUUGGUCUUCAGGUAGUUUCAGGUUUGGGAAAUGAACUUGAGCAUGUCAAGAAUGCAGCAGCUUUGGAUGCUGACAGCUUAACAGGAACUGUUGCCAAACUUGGUCAAGCAUUGCUAAAAACUCAGCAAUUCCUCAACUCAAACAUGAAAAGUUUAGAAGAAGAUUGGGGUUUUCAUCAAACUCUAAAGAGCUUUGUGCAGAAUGCCGAGGUUGAUAUCACAUGGCUUCAGGAAGAAGAAAAAAGAAUCAUGGCUCUAGUGAAGAGCACUGGUGACUAUUUCCAUGGAAACGCUGGGAAGGAUGAGGGUUUGCGGCUGUUCACUGUAGUUAGAGACUUUUUGAUCAUGGUUGAUAAAGCAUGUAAAGAGGUAAGAGAGACACCAAAGAGGCCGGCAAAAGUACCGAAAAAAGAGACAUCUUCCUCUGAUCCCCAACAACCUGCUACUCCGUCUUCCUCCGAACCUCGCCAGUCUCCCCUAGAUCUUCGUCAACGGCUUUUCCCUGCUAUAACAGAUCGACGAGUGGAGAAUGAUAGUUCGGAUGAAGAUAGCUCAUAGAUUUUCAGUUAUGGAAGGUGGUUGGCAUGGUGCUUGGAGGUUGAACAAUGUUAGUCCUAAAUCGAUUCUUUCCUUGAGCAACAGUUAAAAUACAUCAAUGGAAACAUGCUACUCUAAAUAAUAGAAUGCAGAAAGAGGAAAUGACCAUUGUUUUUUGGUCUUGGAUUUCAGCUUGUAGGGAGGGAAAAUCCAUCUUUAGAUUAUUAAAUUUGGUCUAUUAUGAUUCUUUGUUAGAACAUAGAAAUGGAAAUGUUGGUUCAUUUUUUCAAUCUUUGGAGUAAUUGUAUAGCUCAUGUCAUGCCUAUUUCAGAAGAAUCUUUCUUCAACACAGUAAAUUCCAAAUAUUGGAAUUAGAUCUUGACCAACAUUACAUAACUAUCGAAUUUUUUCAGUUUUUCCCGCCCAAAA